GUCACCCGUGUUCGUAUGACGUAUCUGAAAUUUCAUUUGCGCCGGAAAAUUUAAUCGCAUGUGCAACAAUGGCGGAAGACCCAGACGAUUUCGAAGAUUCUUCAAGCGAAAGUCAUGACGAAGAAAACAAUGUUCGGGUGCCGACUGAUGCCGACAUUAAGCGAAAAUUGAAUGAGUUCAAAAUAAUAUUGCCAUGGGUGGAAAGGUUGGAGAUUGUGAAUGCACCUGCGCCUUUAGCACCAGAAUUGGCCCUGCAAAUGCAAGAGCAAGAAGUCCGCCGAGCAAAGCAGCUGCAAGGGAACAAAAAAUUGCCACAAUUCUCACCUUCGGAAGAUCCAAUCCUAAAUGAUUUCAAAAGAGAGAUGAUGUUUCACCGACAAGCUCAAGGUGCGGUCAUGGAGGGUAUUGCUAAAUUGAAAAAACUUGGUAUAGUAACGAAGAGGCCGGACGACUAUUUUGCAGAGAUGGCCAAAUCUGAUCAACACAUGCAAAAAGUAAGGGAAAAUCUCAUGAAAAAACAAGUAGAAGCACAAAGAUCGGAGAGAGUUAGACAAUUAAGGCAACAACGAAAGGUUGGUAAACAAAUGCAAAUUGAAGCAAAAUUGAAAAAGCACGCCGAGAAAAAGAAAAUGCUUGAUGAGGUGAAAAAGUAUCGCAAAGGUGUAAGAAAUGAUUUGGAUUUCUUGGACGACAAGAAAAAACCUGGUAAUAAAAAAGGUGGAGCCCAACAUAUGGAUAAAAAGGCGCAAGCGAAAUUGAAAAUGAAGAAUUCAAAGUAUGGUUUUGGCGGUAAAAAACGUGGUAGUAAGCAAAAUUCGAAAUCUAGUGCUGCCGAUGUAUCGGAGUGGAGAAAACCUGGUAAACCCAAAAAAGGAAAGAGUGUUGGGGGUGGAAAACAGAGGCCUGGGAAAAAUCGUCGUGUUCAGAUGAAGUCGAAGAAAAAAUGAAACAACCAGCUUUUCAGUAACUGCUAAAUAAUGUAUCGAGUGCAACAUCAUGUUGUAUAUUACCGAUCACUUAUAUUUUGUAUAUAACAUUAU